CUUUGGGGGCGGGAAGGUGGCGGUGGUUUUUCUUUGCUAGAAGAGGAUUGCAAAGCUGCCGGGCGGUUAUCCCUCUGUCGGAGGGAGCCGACAAUGAUAUUUUGCAAUUGCUGUAGGAAGACUGUCCUGGAAAUCCCCACGUUGUGGUGCAAACGCCUCCACGUAGGAGUUUGAAAUGGUCUGAAAGGAUGCGGGCAAAUUGGACAGUUGUGCUGACAAGUCAUUCUGCUGACUUCUCCCAGCCCAGCUGUUUAAAACACAGUGUGCACACGUAGGAGGAAGCUGAAGGUACAGCUGAAGAUCUGUAGACUUAGAGAAGGUUGAAACCAUGGCAAGCCUGUGUGCAGCAAAUACCACUUUUGCCCUGGACCUCUUAAGAAAGCUGUGUGAGAAGAAAAGUGGUCAGAAUGUAUUCUUUUCCCCUUUUAGUAUUUCUUCUGCUUUGUCUAUGAUUUUGCUGGGUUCAAAAGGUAACACCGAAGCUCAAAUAACAAAGGUGCUUUCUCUGAACAAAGCUGAGGAUGCUCACAAUGGGUAUCAAUCCCUUCUCUCUGAAAUUAACGAUCCAAACACCAAAUACAUCCUGAGAACUGCAAACCGGCUUUAUGGGGAAAAGACAUUUGAGUUUCUCUCAUCAUUUCUAGAGUCGAGUCAGAAAUCCUACCACGCUGGACUGGAACCGACUGACUUCAUGAACGCUUGGGAGGAUUCCAGAAAACGAAUCAAUGGCUGGGUAGAGGAAAGGACUGAAGGUAAAAUUCAGAACCUGUUGGCAGAGGGGCUUCUUGAUUCCCUGACCAGACUUGUGUUGGUGAAUGCCAUCUAUUUCAAAGGCAACUGGGAAAAGCAGUUCAACAAAUUGGGAACCACAGAAAGGCCAUUUCAUAUUAACAAGAACGAGACCAAGCCUGUGCAGAUGAUGUUCAAGACAGAUAUAUUUAACAUGACCUAUAUUGGAAACUUGCAGACCAAAAUCCUUGAGCUGCCCUAUGCUGGUAAUGAACUCAGCAUGAUCAUCCUGCUCCCUGAUGCAAUCCAGGAUGGAUCCACGGGCUUGGAAAGACUGGAAAGAGAACUUACAUAUGAGAAGCUGAGAGACUGGAUCAGUCCUGAAAUGAUGGGCUCUACAGAGGUGAGGGUGUCUUUACCCAGAUUUAAACUGGAAGAAGAUUAUGAUCUGAAACCCAUUCUGAGCUGCAUGGGAAUGCCUGAUGCAUUUGACUCAGGGAAGGCAGACUUCUCGGGAAUGUCAUCUGGCAAUGAGCUGGUGCUCUCUGAAGUGGUUCACAAGUCCUUUGUGGAAGUCAACGAAGAAGGCACUGAAGCAGCUGCUGCCACAGCGGCAGUAAUGAUGUUCACGACCAGUGUAAGGAUCGUUCCGGAUUUCACUGCUGAUCAUCCCUUCCUCUUCUUUAUCCGGCACAACAAAUCUUCCAGCAUUUUGUUCUGUGGCAGGUUUUGCUCUCCCUGAAGAGGAGAUGUCUUGGCAGGAUAGGGGCCAUUACACAAUAAAGAUUUCUCUAGAAUAGGGUGA